UUUGCCGCCAAGGUGGUGGUAAUAUGCGCCGACUUUAGGGUGGGGGUUCUUUCGAAGGCUUAAAAGGCCUACCAACGUCCUUGCAACACGCAGUCUACGAAUCAGAGCUAAUACCGUACCACUUUUAACUUGCUAUGUAAAGGAAAUUCUUGUGAAAGCUCUUUUCCAUCCUAUUACACCUGCCGCAAAGAGUGGAACGUUGCGAAAAGAACUUGUAUCGUUUAAGAGUUUCUCAUCGAUAACGAUAUUUCCCUGAGAAAAGGAGGUUUCGUUGUAAGAAAGGUGUACAAAAUAGAAAAAGAAGAAAAAAAGAAUAGAAAAGGAAAGGACAAAAAAGUGCGACUCGUCUUUGUUCUAUUCUUCUUUUCUACUUUGCAAAUUAUUAAAAUCUGUCGUUUUGCGUAAAGUGUUUUAACGUGAUCGAAGAGUGAUAACGAUACUUCAAAGGGAGUUUUCCGAAGAAAAUAUUCAUUUUCAAUUAAAAAUAUGAAGGAAGAGACGAAUUUCUGGAUUUGUACGUCGGCUAUCUUAAUUGUUUUAACAAUUUUACCGUCGACGAGCGACGCGCUUACAACUUUUGGAAAGACCAAUCCGCAAAAUCAAAAUCAAAAUCCACCACCGCCUCCUACUCCGGUUGGAAAGGCGCGAGAAUGUAGAAUUGAAUCGGAUUGCGCUGGAAUUCAAAAUACUACGUGUUUGGCUGAUCAACGGGAUGGAAGGACUCGUUGCCUUUGUGGUGAUUACAAUGCCCCUGUAAACGGUGCUUGUACCAACAAAUACAAAGCUAUCAGGGCACCUUGUAACGACGAUAAUGAAUGUAUCGAAGGUGCGCAUUGUACCGUUAAAGGGAAUAAUACUACCUCUGGAAAACGCUGUUACUGUCGCGAAGGAUACGUCGAGGAUAAUUUGAUGUGCAGCGGCUGUUCAUCCAUCUUCCCCUUUUCCUGGAUGAUAUUUCUGGUUAUAACGUUGCUCUUAGGAAGGAUUAAUUACUUGUAAAUCCUGCAAUAGGUUUGAAAAAAAAUUCUUGUUAAAUGUAAUUAUUUUAAAAUAUUCAUUUUCUGCAUGUACAAUGACGUUCUUAUUAAUAGUUCCAAUAGCGGGCAACAAGUCAGUGAACAAUUCUUUUUUAAACUCGAACACUCGACUAAAAAAGAUAUUAAAUAUUGGGUGCCUUCUAUACAUUCCACGUAUAUUACAUAUUUUCCGAUAUCAUAUUUUCAUCUGAUUCAAUUUACGUGAGGAAAGAAUGCAUAGAAUUUUAUUUUUCUUGUUUCUGACGUAUGUGUAUUUUAUUACGUUUAAUUACAGUCGUUAGACGUAUUAAACACUCGAUGCACCAUAUUUCUAUAUUAACAAAACUUUGACUAGCGAAUUCGUUUCCAUUAGAAGCAACCAAUUCAAUGAAAUAUGAAUUUCAUAUAAAAAUAAAUUCAUUAGUAUACGAUCGAUAAGGUGGAAGUCACAAACUGUGAAUUUGUAUCAUGCACCAUCGAAUUUUCUUAUUACGUAUCGAAGUGUGUUACUCACGAAUCAAACUGAAUAUCGUAUAAUAUAUAAUAAUUCUAAUAACACGUAUAUAUAUAUAUAUUUAUAUAUAUUUAACGUCAUACAUGAUUCAGACUGUAUUUAAAUAUAGUAGGUUUCAAAUUUAUUUAUUAUCUAUAAUGUGCAAUUUAUUUUUAUUAUGAUAUAAUAGGCUUGAGUAGUAGAUUAAUACGUCUCGAAUUUUUUAAUAGUAUUUGUAGAGAAAUUAUUCUCUGUUGUCGAUAUUUUAAUCUCUGGAGUACAUCUACACUGAAUAAUAGUACAAUGUGUAUUUUCUAUCUUCCUUACACAAUUAGUUCUUUACUUACAAUUAGUAGUAGGCGUGGAGUCUGCAUAUGCCAAUGAUGCCUUAAUGUACCAAAGAUAUUGCACUAGAGGAAUAUCGUUAAUUAUCUAAGCUAAAGCAUAUACUAAAAGAAGAUAUAUAGUAUCGAUGAUCGCAAUAUUUACUUUAGUGUUAGUGCCUUUUGUAAAGUUUGUAAUUUGAUAAUGGUUUAACAAAUUUAUGACACUCUCUCUUUCCUCUUCGACUAUGUAUUUACUUCGAUUUCUCGUGCACGAAUAAAUUUUGGAAUCCUUA